AAUGUUGUCAAGCCUUUCAUAACAUUGAAUAUAUCAUUCAUUGCUUAUACUUCUCUUUGAUUCAGUAACUCAACCUCUCAGACAAAACCCCAAAAAAUAUAAUUAGAAAAACAAAACCAAGUAUAUCACAACCAAUACUUUACAUUCCCAUUCACAAUUCCACCAGAAAUUGAUCCUCGCACCUCCAGAAUCAACCUCAUCUAUCGAAUCUACUUCCUUUAUAUCGAACCCGUCAUAGCCCUCGGCGGCGCUUACCUAGCCUAUUUCCAAUUCGACGAUUUUUUAGUCCGCACGACCCCAUGGAAGAUUUCAGAGCCCUUUAUAACCUUCGUCGCAGUCUUCGCAUUUCCAAGGCCAGUGGUAAAAACUCCUCUCCACCGACAUCGCAGCUCUUUACAUUUUACUCGCCAUCAACGAAGCUCUGGUUCUGAGACUCACGCGUGAUUAUUCCGUGUGGGAGGCUGUGGUAUUUGCGAUGCUUGUGCGUGAUAUGGGACAUCUUUGGGGGGUUUAUCUGGUGGAUCCGGUGGGAAGCUUGGAUGUGGCAGUAUGGACGACGAAGCAAUCUAUCAAUAAUGGGAUUUUAGCAUUUGGAUUUAUUUUGAGAUUGGAUUCUUGUUGGGAUUUGGAAAUGGGAAUCGGAGAGAAAAUCGAUGGCAUUGACUUAUUUGACAAUUUUGGAGGAUGCAUUCCUAAGAGGGUUUCCGAAUCUGGACUGCAUUCCUGAAGACGAAGAAGUUUUUGACUAUUUUUGUUUAGAAGAGACGGUGAUUCUAUUUUCUCGCCCCUUUCCCCUCUCUAUCUCAAAGAAUGAUAGUAAUUUUAUUCUAUACUUCGG